AUGAGGAGAUCAAGCUCAAUGAUAUGGCUAUCACUCGAACUCGCUAUGAGAAGUGUGCUGGACCAUACCCAAUGUUCCGCGGAUCAGGUAUUGCCUCGUCAUCAUUCUAAUAAUAAAGCAUUCAAAAAUCUGCCUGGUCUGAUUUCCCUCAAGGUAACUUUCUUCAUGGUAAAAUGGUAUUCAUAA